AUGGAGUUACAACCGCAUCCGGUCAUUCCAAAGAAGAAACCCGUUUUAGUCUGCAUUCUCGACGGAUGGGGCGAGAACGACAUCAAAGACGAGUACAACGCCUGUCACGUCGCGAAGACGCCGACGAUGGACAAAUUACGGGACCAGGGAUCAAAAUACUACCGCUCCGUGCUCGCUCACGGAAAAGCCGUCGGUUUACCCACGAAUGAUGACAUGGGAAACUCAGAAGUCGGUCACAACGCGUUAGGUGCGGGUAAAAUCAUCGCGCAAGGCGCUUCGUUGGUGGACAUUUCUCUCGAAAAAGGUACCAUGUUCACCGACCCCGGGUGGAACUACAUAAAACCGGCGUUCGCGUCCAACACGUUGCACUUGAUUACGUUGCUCUCGAACGGUGGCGUGCACUCGCGAUACGACCAACUCUUAGGCGUCAUGAAAGGAGCCGUGAAAGAUGGGUGUAAACGCAUGCGUUUGCACAUUCUCACGGAUGGCCGAGAUGUCCCAGACGGAACGUGCCACGAGUACCUCGCGACUUUACAAAAAGAUUUAGAUGACUUCACGAAAGCAGGAUGCGAUGCGAAAGUUGGUUCUGGAGGUGGAAGAAUGAGCGUGACUAUGGAUCGCUACGAAGCAGAUUGGGGGAUGGUCGAAAGAGGGUACAACGCGCACAUUUUAGGCGAAGCUGAACAUACGUUUACCGACGCCGCGACGGCUUUGAAAACGCUGAAGACAGCCGAUGUUUCCGAUCAAUACAUUCCUGCCUUCGUCAUCAUCGACGAAGCCGGUGCUCCAGUUGGCGCUGUCCAAGACGGAGAUGCCGUCGUGUGCUGCAACUUUCGCGCCGACCGUGUCGUUGAGAUUUCAAAAGCUUUGGAAUACGAAAACUUUGAUUCGUUCAACAGAAAACGUUUCCCGAAGAUGUUAUACGCCGGCAUGAUGCAAUACGACGGCGAUUUGCACUUACCGACGAAUUAUCUCGUUCCACCGCCUUUAAUCGAGAGAACGUCGGGUGAAUAUUUUGCUAAGAACGGUUUGCGAACUUUCGCGUGCUCGGAAACGCAAAAAUUUGGACACGUUACCUUCUUUUGGAACGGAAACCGAUCCGGAUAUUUUGACGAAGCGUUGGAAACGUUUGUCCAAAUUCCUUCGGAUAAUUGCCAAUUCAACGAAAAGCCGUUGAUGAAAGCGAGAGAAAUUACAGCCGCUGGGAAGGAAGCGAUGAUAUCUGGCAAAUACGACGUUGUUCGCGUGAAUUAUGCGAAUCCAGAUAUGGUUGGUCACACGGGCGAUCUCGCCGCUACAAUUGCCGCCUGCGAAGAGUGCGACGCGUGCUUGAAAGAAUUGUUGGACUUGGUGGAUGAGUUGGGAGGUGUAUUUUUGGUAACUGCCGACCAUGGCAACGCCGACGAUAUGGUACAGCGAAGCAAGAAGAAGGAGUGCUUAAAGGAUGCGGAUGGUAAACCUUUGCCGUUGACUUCGCACACGUUGGCCCCGGUUCCUGUCGCCAUCGGCGGCCCUGGUUUACCGGCGAGCGUCGAGUUGAGAGACGAUUUACCCGAAGCCGGCUUGGCGAACAUCACCGGAACUUACAUCAACUUGAUGGGUUACUUAGCUCCGGACGAAAUGGAGCCUUCUUUGGUCAAGUGGUAA